AUGUCACCCCGACCCUUCGUCAGGAAUUUGACCUUCCAGUCUCCCAACCUGGACGGCCUCUACGAGGACUUCUUCCCGAUAGUUUGGAAGGUCAGCAAAUUCGGGAAGUCGGGUUCAUACUGGGCUACCGCGACCUACACGGCCCAGCUUGCUUUCUCCAGAGCCCAGGUCGAGAGUGGGAAGGUCAUCAGCGCUGCGACCUCCGUCCAUAUCAAUGUGAGCGACUCUCAUCUACUCCGAAAUUGCUAGCACCAACGCAAGCCAUAUGCAGAACAGCGAGAAAACAAUCUUGACAGAAGCCAACGAUAUCUAUUAUUUCUCUG